UUGGUUGUAGCGUAAUAUAAAUAGACAAGGCAGUGACUGCUCGAUUGUGGAUAUAUUUUAUGGUUGGUUAUCUAGUAGUCCUACACCAAAGCAUUUAAAUGCAUCCCAUUGUUAAUGAGCCUGGAUUUCAGGCGGCCUCUAUGGCAGCAGCAAUGGCAUCUGUAGACUCCACUGUAGAUAUAGAUUCGGAAACAUCGGAUGCUGCUGGACAGUAUCCAUUGGAGGAUUGUGGUUUUCUGGAUCCUGAGGUCCAGCGUAUAAUGCGUUCGAACAAUGAAGAUUCCAGAGAAUAUCCAGUUUAUGGCUGGAUAGACAUUACACAAGACUUUAAAUCUGCUUGCUCCGAACUAAGUUUGGGCGAAUUGGCGCAAGAUAUGCUAUUUGGACUCUUUGAGGCCAUGUCGGCUAUAGAGAUGAUGGAUCCCAAGAUGGAUGUUGGUAUGGGAUACAAUAAAAAUGAUACGGCACCUCAUACUUUUGAUUCAGCGGUGGAGGCAGGUGUUUUGAAGCUCAACAAUUUGACAAGUGAAGAGCUUAUUGGUGUGUUUGAUGCUCUCUUUUCCUGUAUUGUAUCUUGGUUGGAGGGCAAUUCUAUGGAUCAAGUUUUGUUCACUUGCUUGUACUUACACUCUCCGGCGAAAAUUGAAGACAAAUCACUAAAGGCCUUCUCACAUGCUGUAAGGCAUUUAAUAAUAAUUGUCAAGAAUAUCAUCAUAUCGAGCAGCGUUAACGAGGAAGAAGACUUUCAAUUGUAUGGAAACUCAUCGUUAUUGGCCCCUGAGGAUUCAUUGCAGAUAGCCAAUAUACCCAAUAUGCUGAAAGAGGCCGAAGACGAGCUUGUUCGCCAGAGUAAAACGUCUGCACAGCCAGAAGAUAUUAUGGCUGUUGUUCACCGUUUACGUUUCAUGCGCCAUUUCUACCAGGCCAUAUACAGUUUCGACUGCGCAAUGGUAUCAAAGGUUGAUGAGCCAACUAUAAAUGAUAUCUACAAACAUUUAAAUGCAUCGCUCGAGCUAACGCCUCAAAUUAAGAAAACUAUUGACAAAGGAACUCAACCUAAACCAGAAUCUGAAUGUCCAAAUCCAUUGGGAUUUUCAUCACGUGUCCAUGAUCGAAGCCAGCCGCCAACGUUUCCACGUAGUGUGAAAAUGCGAGACCGUCCAUCAAGCAUUACUUUCUUGGAAGAAUUGGUUCAACGACUAAAAUACGCUUGUAAGAUUAUUCGCAUGCGUGACUACUAUUCAAGUUUGAACUUUUUCAUCGAUUUUAGUCGUAGAUCGGGGCAGUGCAUUCUAUCUCGCAGUGUGCUCCAGGGACUAUUCCUAACAUGCCGUCGCUUAGUAUUUGGCACAAUUCCCGUUAAGGACUUCCUAUGGGAUUCGGUUCGCGCUUUUAAUUCUCCACCCAUACUAAAUCCCAAAAAUCCUCUGGCCGGAGACCCCGAUAUACAGAUGAGUUUAGAUUCAUUCUUUCGUUACUGCAUAAGCACCUUCACACAGUUUUUGAGAAUUUGUGGUUUUAAUCGGGCUCGGCAACGUGAUAAGUUGAGUCGUUUUAUAGAAAGCUUUGAUAGUAUACAGGUAGAUGCAGCCAGACUCGACUCGCAUCUCAGCAUGUUGGCGAACGAAAAGGCAAACGAGGGAAACGAGGCCGCAGCAGCGACCUUGAAAUACAGCGCACAAUUUGCCACAUGGGUUCUGUACAACUGUUUUAGAGCGAUGAUGUUAUACCUGAUGUCUGGAUUCGAGUUAGAGUUAUAUUCAGUCCAUGAAUUUUUGUAUAUAUACUGGUACCCAUACGAGCUAUUAAUUGGCUUCAUUGUCUCAGCUUUAACACGUACAGAAAAUAACCUUUUGGCACAAGAGGAAUAUGAACGAGAACAACAAGCUAAAAUUCAGGCUGCAACUUCCGCUAAGAAUCGCAAUAAACCAAAGCCCAAAAAGAACAAAAAACAACAAAAACCUUAUCGCCAGGAGAUAUUUUACUACCACGCCUUAUUGAGCAUGUGCGGGGGUUUCUAUAAAGCUAUGGGUGCUUUAACUAAGGACGGUAGGAUCCGUCAGCCAAUGCCUAAAUUUGAUAGUGAGGAAAUUCGGUUUAACCGUCGUUUUGCUCCUUUUGCCAAUUUGACAUCACCGCCACCGGUCUCCUAUGAGGAAUUCAAAAGCAUUCGCGAACACAUGAUGAGAGCACCUUCUUCGGAAAUAUACGCAAUUGCUGCUAAGCACUUCGAUCAGGCACGAAAUGCUUUGGAAUCCAUUCAAAACCCAGAACAAGAGAUACUUGACAUGUUACAAGUGGCCAAAGUGAAUUACGUUGUUAUGAAUGUAUUAGCCAAAGGCCACCAAAAGGACACGAAACGUCAGCCAGACUUUGACUUUUCCAAACAUCGUCAUUUUCCCAUAAUAAAGCUAAACUAAUAACUA